GUCUUUGGUUUGUGUGACUUUUUGCCGAACGGGUUGCAUUGCAUCAAGCCAGUUAUCAAUGGAUGAAGCGGUAUAAAUUAUAGGAAAAAAAUACGUUUGCCAGUAUUGUGGUAUUAAAAUAAAUGGUGAAUCGUUUAUGUUGUGCUCGCUAUCCAUAAAUAAUUCCGUUCAGACAUGGCUUCGACUGGCAGCACUCCUUUUCCGAAAUGGCAAUUGGCCAUACUUCUUGGUGCACCUUUGGCCAUCGGGUUAGGUUACCUUUAUCUAAGAAAUAGAUUGGAAGAUCCUGAGAAGAAAAAAGUGGCUGAGCUGAAAGCGAAGACAACUAUUUCUUUGGACAACGAAGAAAACAACGCUAAAGCUGCAGAGAGUGCUAUCGACCGCGCCAUGAAACUGAAGGGUGCCGGGAACCGCGCAUUCCAUGCUGGAGAGUACGACAAAGCGAUCGCUUUGUACAAUGAAGCGAUUGAGGCAUGUCCCCCUGAUCGCCCCAUUGAUCUAGCUACGUUUUACCAAAAUCGCUCCGCAUGUUACGAGAAACGAGAAAUGUGGGAGCAAGUUAAGGAAGACUGCACUUUUGCCCUCAAACUUAACGAGAAGUACGUUAAAGCGUUUCUGCGAAGGUCUCGAGCGGCUGAAAAGAGUGGUGAUCUUGUACUUGCUCUGGAAGAUGUCACUUCAGCUUGUAUCCUUGAAAGAUUUCAAGUGCAAAGUUCUCUCGUUAAUGCUGACCGAAUUCUUAAGGCUCUCGGUAGGCAACACGCACGUGAAGCACUGGCUCAACGACGUCCAGUCAUGCCAUCCAAACAUUUUAUCAAAACUUACUUCUCUGCAUUCUCUGAAGACCCCAUUACUAAACUUCAGCUUGAUGAUACUGUUACUGGUGGAUUCGCUAAGGCAAAGCGUGCUCUUGAUGCCCAAGAUUACGAAGGAAUUGUAGAUGCAUGCACUGAAGAACUAAAUGCUGAUGGGAAGUACAAAAAUGAAGCUUUACUUCUACGAGCCACUUUUUACCUGCUGCUAGGUAGACAUGAAGAAGCACAAGCUGAUCUUGGAAAAGUUAUUGACAGUGAUGCUUCCACUAAGGUAAAAGUUAAUGCCUUGAUCAAACGUGCAUCAUUGUUCACUCAACUAGAAAAUACUGAACGUUGCUUGGAAGAUUUCGCACGUGCUGCACAAUUGGACCCCAACAACUCUGAUAUCUACCACCACCGUGGCCAGGUCUACCUGCUUUUAGAGCGUAUGGAUGAAGCUACUUCAGAGUUUGCUAAAGCAGUUGAACUCAAUCCUGAUUUCUCUAUUGCUUACAUUCAAAAGUGUUAUGCUGAUUACAGACAUGCCCAGAUAAACAAGAAUGUUGGCGCACUAGCCCAAGUCAGAGCAGACUUUGAAAGUGCAUUAGAAAGGUUCCCUAGGUGCGCCGAGGCUUACAUUCUGUAUGCCCAAGUGCUCUCUGACCAGCAGGAAUGGAGCCGUGCUGAGGCUUUGUUUGAUAAUGCUUUAUCAGUUGACCCCACAAAUGCCACUCUUUAUGUUCACAAAGGACUGGUGCAGUUACAGAAGAGCACAGAUUUUGAUAAAGCUGUAAAAUUGAUAAAUAAAGCCAUUGAAAUGGAUGACAAAUGUGACUUUGCCUAUGAAACCCUUGGCACCAUAGAAGUACAAAGAGGCAACCUGAAGCGGUCUUUGGAGUUGUUUGAAAAAGCUAUUGCUCUAGCAAAGACAGAACUGGAGAUGACCCACUUGUUCUCGCUGAAGGACGCGGCGGCCGCGCAGCUGAAGGUGUCGGAGCGGUGGGGGCUGGACUGGACCGUGAGCUAGGCCGCCCCGCGCCCACUGCGCCUGCGCCCGCGCCACCCACUCGUAGCGCACGCAACGAGAAUAACACCUGGACAUGCACAACCUUAGCAAGGAUUUAAUAUCAUACAUUUUAUAUAAUCAUCAUUACUUACAAAUUAUUGUGCCGGUCAUAACUUGUGAAUUCAUUAAUCAAAUUUACUGUGUUUUAAUAUCAGGUUGUUGCACUAUAUAAUUAUAUGUAGAAGCUAUAUAUAAUAGUAACGUAAAUUGUCUGAAUUUCAAGUUUAUUACCAGAGCAUAUUCUCGUUGUGGAUAUAUGGUAGGUACUUAGCCACCGCCGACUCCAAUCGCGUAGUUUGCGUGACUUAACAUUAAGUCUUUGUAAUGUUAAUAUACACUAUCCAGCUUUCUGCGUGAUAAUUUUUUUGCCAAUAACAUGCAAAUUUUAGGUGCACCAUGUACAAAAAUCUCAGUCCAGAUUUAUCACAAAAAUUUGAAUGUAACUAAGCAUUCGCCUGUCUUUUAUGUUUACUUGUAUGUGAAACAUAAUUGAACACAGGGGAUGUCUGCAUAACAAAAUUAAAUCUGUUGUAAAUAAUCCUUUCUAAAAAUGUGUUUUGCUUAUAAAAUAUCUUGUCACAAUUUUCAACUUAUUUUAGACAGCUUGUUGCAAUGUUGAAAGUGGGCAACAAUCUACUUCAUAUUGAAGUUGUGGCUUGAUUAUCUGAUGUGAAAUCUUAUGACAAAGGAAAAAAUAUAUAUUUGCAUUUAAAUUGAACAAAAAUCGGUUGUUCAUAACUUUGGUAAAUGGGUAGGUAAUUUUAGUGAAAUCACCAUGCCAUAGACUGAGCGAGUCAGACUUGUAAUUUAUUUCGUCACAUGUAUUUCAAAAAAUACAUUUGUUUAUUAUUUACCAUAAUUUGAUUACAUUAUUAUGUACUAUUGUUAUAUUUACAAUAUUUAUUGCAUUUGAAUUAUGUUGUAUUUAUACUGAACACUGCCAUUUUAUCUUGCCUAUAAUGGUUGUAGUUUAUAUAAAUUUAUAUAGAAGCAUUUCUAUAUUUUUAAUUUGUGCAUAUAAAAAUGUAUCUAGUCGGAAGUGUUCGCUCAGUCUGGUCCUGCUGUAAAUGGAAAUAAUAAAUAUUUCACACCGCAUUGACAUUGUGAUAUUCAUAUUAUCAUUUGUUAUCUAAAUAACUACUGUAUGUAGAUAUUUCGUUGUUUAAUUGGCAAUGGUUAAGUUGAGAAUGACAAAUCCAUUGUUGGUGUGAAAGUGGAAGAUGUGCUCUUGCACGUGCUUAGUCAGUUCGAGAAUAAGGGCGGUUCGUUUGUUUUGCACUGUAUUUUUUGUUUUUUAACUGUAGUAAGACAUUUUUU